CUGGGAUGUGAGAAAAGACUUGCCAUCUUCCUUAAGAAAAUUUAAAUUCACCAUGAGGGCUGAAAUGGCACACAGUCGUUGACACGGACUUGGCAGUGUAGUUUCCGGCGCGGGCUGGUUUCCGGGUUGUCGUUGGAGACCCUGCACAUUUCCUUCAUCACCAUGGCAGACCUCGACGAUUUCUUUGCUAAAAAGGACCGUAAGAAGUCAAAAGGAGGCAAGAAGUUCACGACGACCGAAGAAUUAGCCAAAAAAUUAGAGGAAACUCAUCGACGUGAAAAGGAAAAAGUUAAGGAAAACAAGAAGCUCUUGUCGUCUCAAAACGUGGAUGGCGAUGGAGAACCAGGCAGCGAAAGGAAGGAGGAAGAUGAGUGGAAGGACUUUGAAGAAGAAAAGAAGGAUUACACAAAUUUGAAAAUUCAAAAUCUCCAGAUUAGCGAAACAGCCAAUGCCGAUAAUGGCGACGGUGAUGAUGAUGAAAACGAGAUGGUGGAAAAUGAGGACGGUGUCAUGGUAUCACGCAAAAAGCAACCUUCUGGACCAUGGAUGAGUGUUCCCCAGGCACCUCAACCUGAAGAGCCUGUUAGAGAGGAAAUCAGAUCCCAGCCACCUCCACCCACAGAUGGUGGUGGCGGCGGCGGCAAGUCGGGCUAUAUUCCGCCCCAUCUCCGCAAUGCCCCCUCACAUUAUGCACCUGCUACCAGUUUCUCUCCUUCGCCAAGCAGCUACUCCUCUCCAAACAGCUACUCCUCAUCCAUGCAUCAUCAACCAUUAUCUAGCUCACGAUUUAAAAGUAGAGCUGCUCCUGAUAUCACAAAUGAAGCUUACUUCCCUACCCUCUCUGCUGCCAACAAUGACACACCCAACACAGCCUGGGGAAGGAGACGAGAAGAUGGAAGAGGAUUUGAAGAAGUGCGGAACGCCAGAACCAACACUUCAACUUAUAAUCCGAAAAUGGCUUCCUCAGGUCAAGGUCCUAAUUUGUCUCUUGGCAAUAAAUGGGAUGCUCUCCGGGACCAAAGCUGAAAGCAGCAAACUGCCGCUGAGCAGAGCAAAGUGAGAGUUGUACGCCACCAAGUUAGACAGGCUCCUGUGGCACCCAUCGUGUCUGUGCUGAACAGCUCAAGACUUUGUGUUAUGUGAAAUAAGUGAUAACUAAGAGAGACCUAAGUGAUUGAAGCAAGACACAGCCUUCAACCCGGCAACCUGCCUCAGUGUAACAAGUUUUUUUUUUUUUUCAAAACAAAAUACGAUAGGUUUUGGCAGGAGUGUGUGUGGCAUUAGGCAUUGACAUCACAAGUGCCAUUCACUGAACUCAAUCUUCACCAUAUGGGUAUUGUAUAAAUAUUAAUCUCUGAUAAGAACCUUGUGUGCUUCUAUUUCCAUUUAUUUUUGGAUGGAUAUGAUGUGUAACGACACCAAAUAGGCUGGUUCCGUUUCAGGUUGUACUGAAUUAUGUAAAAAUUAAUACAUGUUUGACAUGUGUUGUAUAUCCAGUCUAACUUGCAUUUUAAACUUUCCUUUUUUUAAUUAUGUAUUUAAAUUAAUCUUGUGAGAGUCAACAUUGCCUCUGGUCAAAUCUUUUCUACACAAGCUAUAUCUCAGAGCUGUGAAAAUGUGAAUAUGUUAAUUUAUCCAAUGUGGAAUAUUAAAAGCAGUGAUACUGCUCGCAGGCUGUGGUUUUUCUCUGCGCCGCUUACACUUUUUUUUUUUUGUAAAAUGGUAUUAUUGACUGGUGCUGCUAGGCCCCAUACAACAGGGGUGUAAAAUGAAAGCCACAGUUUAUUAUUGUUAUUUUUGAAGGCCCCUAAUGUUAUAUUUCUGAAGUCAAACAUUCACGAGCUAUGGGCUGGGGAUUGAUGUUUUCUUUCCUCUACGUUCCCUAUUUAUAGAACAUUAUUUUUGGUGUGUAGAUGGUGCGGUGAAGAAUGAUGGAAUGAGUAGCAAAACCAGACUUGAGUGGCAAAAUAAAGAAGUUGGUUCUUGGUUAAAA